AUGACUCAUCUGUCUAAUUCACUUUUUGAAGUACACAUAACUCUCAGAUAUAAAUCCGAGGUUUCCACAUUUAUUAAUAAAUAUAUUUUGUGUGUCUUUGCGGGUCGAACAGGUGCAAUUUAUAGUCGAAAAACAGAUGCAAUAAAUGCAUUUCAUGCAUUAUUUCUUGAUAAAACAGGUAAUGAAUGGUCGAAAAGAGGAAAUUUUCAAAAAUUACCAAAUAAACAUUAUCCUCUUGAAAUUGAUUAUGGCCAGCAUGCUGAUAAUGAGAAAAUGCAAAAAUUACUUGAAAGUGCAAAUUUAGAUAUUCAAUCAAAAUUACCAAAUGCAGUUCAAGAUCUUGUUAAAAUGAUUUUUAAUGUUGAAACUAUGAAACAAGCUUUUUUAUUAUUUGAAAUUAAUUUAACCAAAAUGCCAUUAGCAAAAAUUAUCGAAAAAUCAAUUAGAUGA